UCAAUGAUUGCGUUUACGAUUUGUUUGUGUUUUUAUUUUAAUAAUACAAAUAAAAAAACAAUUAACUAAUUGUCAAAACAAAUAGUCAAACAAUAAUUAUCAUUAAAAAAAAACACGUGUUGUUUGUUGUGGUCAUUGUGUGUGUUAAUUGACCAGUAAUUAUAUUGUGUCCGCGACAACAACAGCGGCGGCGGCGGUAAACAAAAUGGGCAAAAAAGAUAGAAGUUCCCGAUCGAAACACAGUACUGGAGGUAGUGGUGGUGGCGGCGGUGGGGGUAGCGCUGGCCACUCAUACGGCGGCGACGAUAUUGCCGAUGACACCAACGAGAGUUUGGAUAUCAUACCCGAAUCGGCCAGUCGUCAAAUUAACGAAGGCGUUCGCGAAGACGAGUUCGGUGCCAAAGACUAUACACAAGAUGUCCAACUAAGAGAAGACUAUAUGUCGCGGCCAUUAUGGGUGGCACCGGAUGGCCAUAUCUUUUUGGAAACAUUUUCGCCGGUCUAUAAACACGCGCACGACUUUCUCAUUGCAAUCGCCGAACCCGUCUCCCGUCCCGAACACGUCCAUGAAUACAAACUAACAGCCUAUUCACUCUAUGCCGCCGUAUCUGUUGGUCUACAGACCAAAGAUAUUAUUGAAUAUAUGAGACGACUGAGCAAAACGACAAUUCCCGACGGAAUCGUUGAAUUUAUUAAUCUCUGUACACUAAGCUAUGGUAAAGUAAAACUAGUUUUGAAACACAACCGAUAUUUUGUUGAAUCGCCUUUUCCUGAUGUGAUACAAAAACUAUUGAAAGAUCCAGAAAUACAAAAGGCUCGUUUGAGACGGGAUGUCGAAAAUGCCGAUGAAGAAAACGACGGCCUUAUAGUGACCAGCAUGAAGACUGGUAAGGCCAGCACCAGUCAAGUCGCCGCUGAUGGCACCACAACCGCUGACGAUAAUAAAGCUGAGGAAAAAGAAUCGGAAGCAAUACCCGACGAUAUUGCCAAUUACUAUGAAAAGAUGGAGAGAGACGAAGAUGACGCCGAAGAUGUUAAGACAAUAUCGUUUGAAGUAAAUCAGUCGGAGAUUGAGAAUCUUCAGCGACGGUGCAUACAAUUGGAGUAUCCGCUGUUAGCCGAGUAUGACUUCAAACACGAUACGUUAAAUCCUGAUAUUAAUCUUGAUCUAAAACCGGCGGCUCUUUUACGGCCCUAUCAAGAGAAAAGUUUACGCAAAAUGUUUGGCAACGGUAGAGCACGAUCGGGCGUUAUUGUGUUGCCCUGCGGUGCCGGUAAAUCAUUGGUCGGUGUGACAGCUUGUUGUACAGUCAGAAAACGGUGUCUCGUACUAUGCAAUUCAGCCGUAUCCGUUGAACAAUGGAAAACACAGUUCAAACUGUGGUCAACAGCCGACGACACUAUGAUAUGUCGGUUUACAUCUGAUGCCAAAGACAAGCCAAUUGGCAGCGGUAUCUGUAUAACGACAUACUCGAUGAUAACGCAUACACAGAAACGGUCGUGGGAAGCGGAACAGGUGAUGAAAUGGUUGACCGAACAGGAAUGGGGUCUUAUGUUGCUCGACGAGGUGCACACUAUACCGGCCAAAAUGUUUCGUCGAGUGUUGACUAUAGUCCAGUCUCAUUGUAAGCUCGGUUUGACGGCCACACUGGUCCGCGAGGACGACAAGAUUGCCGAUCUUAACUUUCUGAUCGGACCCAAACUAUACGAAGCCAAUUGGCUAGAGUUGUCCAAUAAUGGCUACAUUGCUCGUGUCCAGUGCGCCGAAGUUUGGUGUCGAAUGGCACCCGAAUUCUAUCGAGAAUAUUUGACUACCAGAGCCUGCAAAAAGAUGCUUCUGUAUGUGAUGAACCCAAACAAGUUCAGGGUUUGUCAGUUUCUUAUACGAUAUCACGAAAGACGUAACGAUAAGAUAAUUGUCUUUUCGGACAACAUAUUUGCACUAAUCAAUUACGCCAAACGAAUGGGCAGACCAUACAUCUAUGGUCCGACAUCUCAGGGCGAGAGACUGCAAAUAUUGCAAAAUUUUCAAUACAACCCAAAGCUGAGCACAAUAUUUGUGUCGAAAAUUGCCGACACAUCUUUCGAUUUGCCCGAAGCCAAUGUACUGAUUCAGGUGUCCAGUCACGGCGGUUCCCGUCGUCAAGAAGCCCAGCGAUUGGGACGUAUUUUGCGGCCCAAAAAGGGAAUGCAAACCGAAGAGUAUAAUGCAUUCUUUUAUUCGCUGGUAUCGCAGGACACGAUUGAGAUGCAAUACGCGCGCAAAAGACAACGUUUUCUUGUCAAUCAGGGCUACAGCUAUAAAGUGAUUACUACGUUGAAAGGUAUGGACGAAGAAGAACUGCUCUAUAAGAGCCGAGACGAACAACAACAACUACUGCAACAGGUAUUACAGGCCAACGAUGCCGACGGUGAAGAAGAAAAGAUUAGCGGUCUUGACUCGGCUACUGGCCGGUCCGCUUCGGGUGGUUUUAUCCGAAAAGCCGGAAACAUGAGCUCCAUAUCGGGUGCCGACGACAACGUCUAUAUGGAGUAUAAGAAAAGUUCGGCCAAAGGAGGAGGAGAUCACAAACAUCCACUGUUUAAGAGAUUUAGGAAAUGAUUUGUUUGUUUGCUUAUAAUGUGUUAACUCUCUAAUGAUUAUAACAGAGUAUUAUAAAUAAGUWCUGCAAAUAAUUUUCACGUGUAUAUAGACUUAAAACAUUGUUUAUAUAUUUGAAUGAAAACACAUUUAUAUACAUUAAGUACAUGUGUUUAAAAAUGACUGUGUUUUGUGUAUUAAAAAAAAUUAAAAUAAUUUAUAAAUUGUUAAAAUA